AUGGCCAGAAAAUUGACGGCGGCGAGUUCGUGAGUUGAACAUGCCCGCCAGUUCCGAUUCUGCGUUGGGCCAAUACUGAUUCUGUCCCUCUCCUCUUCCCAUUCUCGACGAUUCGGGCCACUUAUCCCCCCCCCCCCCCCCCCACCCCCCCUUUCGACCACCGGUCUUGCUGCACUAGCGCCUCCUCGAGCAGUCAAUCCACUGUUCCUCGUCAGACGUUGCUCUCGGCCUACUUCGCCAAGAGCUCUCCGACGCCGACGCCUACGUCCGCCCCUUUAUCGGCAGAGACGCGCAACCGCGAGGUUCCAGUUACGAACGGAUCACGACGCCCAGCAGCGGUAGCAAUAGCUGGACCUCCAGCUUCCAGCAGCUCCGCACCUUCGUCACCCUCUCACACGACAUUGAACAUCCAAUCCAAGGCCAAGCUGCAGAACGGUGCUUCACAGUCAUCGACAAGCAUCAGAACCGACGAUCAGAGCCAGUCGGUGACCGCCAGUCCUCUCAGCAGCUCUGCGAAUGACGGUCCGGUCGCCUCGUUGAGCCGGUCCAGUUCCCACAUCAAGCUACCGGAUGCAAGUGGUUCCUCGCGAUCCACGACGCCGCAUACGCCGAUUCGGUCCACGAUGAACCAGCCGAACGGAAUUCACGUAAGCCAGCCCUCCAUACGGCGAGCUCGACACGCUGACCUGAAUUCAUGCUUGAGCGACCGCGACGUGAGGUUCUAAUUGACUGUGUCGUGCAUUGCCAGAUCACCCCCAAGGCCUCGACGAGCCAGAUCGCUACGCCACCAUCGAUCGGAAUGCCCACGACCCCAGCUCACGUGACCAGAUCGGGCAGCUCCACGGUUGAGAGUGGCGGCGCAAGCUGCUCUCCAGCCAAGCAAACGGGCGAGCCUUCACAGUCUGGUCCAGCCUCGAGCGCCAAGGGCAAAGGACGACAGGAGCCCAUCGAAGACCACUUUCAUGAUCAUCCUGAUUCGGCGAUGUCCGAGGACGAUGCGAACCGAGACGACGUGGAGCCGGACAGCUGUCCCGACUCGCAAGAGACCGAAGUUCCGCUGUGUUCCCAACCCUCGCAAGCUCGAUCUCAGCGGAUCCAGAGCCCGCAGACUCGACAGACAACCCCUCUUCCCGAUUUUCGAUCCGUGCCAGCGUCGCAUUUCUACUCACCUCCGAUAGCUCGUUCGAUGGAAGCCACACCCGUUCUCUCAGGCCACGGACUGUCGAUUCCCGUGAAUCUGCCUGCAAUAGGUGCUCCCAUUGUCACGCCGAGUGGUGCGAACGGCGCAAACAGAACCCGUCGGUCCUGGUCGUUAGCAUCCCAGUCCAACACCAAAGCUCCCACGACACCAGAUCGUUCGUCAGCUUCUCGCUUCCUACGCUCGCCGAGCAAUUCUUCGCUCUCGUCUCUCGACCCGUCCCCUGUCAAGCCAUCGCCCGUCAAAAUCGGCUCACCGCCGACUCGCAAACCCCACUCGUUCGUGCUCGAAGUGCCAUUGACACGUGUCCGCGAUCGAACGACCUCGCUCACACCGCGGAGGAAGCGUAGAGCACGCUCCGACUCCUCCGACUCUGACGAGAGCUCUGGCUCGGCGAGCGCAAGUGAUUCAGACGACGAGGCGCUGAAAGCAGCGUUAUGUCGAGCCGCGGCCCGCCGAGCGGAAGGCAAGGCGCUCAACUCAGAACCAUCCAAUUCUGUUUCCACAUCGCACGAUGGCGACGACAGACGACGAUCAUUUCGGCCGCGAGCGGCGCUGGGGGCAUUGACAACGAACGUCGCCAAGCCCAAGCACGACUUUGGCUUCGGAGGCUCCUCGUCAGCGACGCGAGGUGGCUUUUCGAUCGCGGCCCUCAAACGCGAACGCGAUGCCAAAGCCGCCCGUGGGGUCUCUGAAGCUUGGAUUGAGGGCAAACGUCUCAUGAUGAACGCGAGCGACUCGGACUCGUCGGAUGAGGACGCUCUGGCCGACCCGUUCGCGUCGACGCUGACCGCGGAUCAAGUUGACGAGAUGGCCAAGGUCGCUGCGGACGUGGUCGUUGAUCCUGACUUGGAUCCGGAACUGAUUGGAUCUCCGGAGAAGCGGGAUGCGAGCGACCGUUCCCGAGCAAUGGCGCGUGUCCUCAAGGACGACUUAGGAAAGUCACCCGAGGCAAAAUCGAUUGACGAAGUUGUGCAACAACGCGUCUGCUGGCGCAAGGAGAUCAGGGCCACCACCUGGACGAGGAUGACUGAUAGUGACGAUGAAGAGAUGACCGGACCUCUCACAGAAGCCAUUUUAAGAGCCAUCGAAGGUCAGUAUAGUUGUGCAAGUCUGUUUGCGACUCUAUACUAAAUGCCGACUCUCAUUCGCAGACGGGCGCCGCGAUGCCUCGCGCUUUCCUGCACCGAUCGUCCUGUUGCCUGGCCGCGCUCGUCACUCGCUCGACGACUACAAAAUAGGGGCGCAGCACCUCCUAUCGCUGAUCUGCCAUCCGCACACCAACUCCGAGCUCGCCGAACGAGGGCAUGCCCUACUGGACCGAAUCAUUGUCCGCGAGGCUUCGAGCGCCCCACCACGAGAUGCGCUUUUCACAGCGCUCGAACUCGAAGAGCAGCUGAGAGUACUGGGCCUCAAGACCGAUGCGCUCUCCCACGCAGACCCCGAGAGACUGCCCCCAAGCUCUCCUCUCACGGAUCUUGACGAUGAGGACUCGACCCCUCAGCCCCAGCAACCUAUCGUGACCGACGAACAACGAGUCGCGGCGGUGACGAGGUUGGUUCGAGUCGUCCAGGCACUCGCAUCCUCACGGUAAGUCGACUUUACCCCAGCGAGCCCCGCAAAUCAGCCAACUGAAAUCAUGUCAGCAUGCCACAGACCGAAUUGCGUUCUAAAACUUUGCGAUAUUGCCCCUUUGGUCACCGUCUUUGUCCGGCUCGCGCUCGAUCCGUCGGCAGCGCCGAUGCGGGGAUCCCUUGAAGCCGUUCUGAGGAGUCUGCUCGAUGCCGUCACUUUCCAGGACACAGCCACUGUAAGUGUGCAUCGAUUUCGAUCUGGUCUUUUGAUCGACGCCAGACUAAACAACUCGUCUUUGCAAGCAGAGAAGGUCCAUCUUUUCGAGACUGCUGGGCCUGUACCCCAUCCGCGAUGCCCAUCUCCACGUUGAAGUGCUGCGCGCCUUGCCUCGACAGAGCGAGGUCGCCUUGAGCCUCAGAGCUGCGCUGGCCUGGGGCUGGCUGUUCAACGUCGAGGCAACCCCUUCCUCGAAGGCGCACGGUGUGAGUCCCUAGCGAAACAUAUUGUGAUACUGCUCGCCCCAGUGCUGACCAUGGGUAAUCUCUCACGUUGGCCACAGCAUCUCGACGACCCGCAUCACCGGCAAGCGCACCUCAAGGCUAUGCUGCGCAUGCUCACCUCGCCAAAGUCGGACGGACCGUUCAUGGUCACCCGAGACGUCGACGAUACGGUCUUGUACUACAACGCCCAGCUGCUGUCGAUCGCUCUGUCGGAUGUCGUGGAGGGUCUAUACGACCCGGAUCCCGAGCAGCGUCGAGCAAUCCGAGAGCUCGUCGAACAGAUCUUCACAACGCUCAAUGGCAUCGAGAACAGGAUUCGUGAGUAUGGCAUCGUAUCUCAGAGAGUACCAAUUACUUCAAUGCUCAUGCUGGUUUUUCUCUUGCUGUCUCCAGGAACGGACGUACGCCAUGGGAAUCCGAUGAGGAACCGAGCCAAAAACGCGUUGACCCGCGUCGCGCACGCUCUGACAUAUGCCUGGCGGGCAGCCAAAGGUCAGAACGCCGGUCUCGACUUCUCGAGCAUCACCAAUGCUGUUAUCGAGAAUGAAGAGCAGCAGGGUGGCGGUCUUGGCGCGUCGACGGGCCCGAGGUUCCAGACGACGCUCGACUCGAUAUUCGCCAAGAGGCCCAGGUUGAUCGAGGCCGGGGGUGGGGAAUGA